AUGGCAUACAAAUAUUCGCUUGAUGCGUUGAACAGGACAUUGAAAGAUAUGAAAAACAAUGACAAAUUAUUUGGCGUCACUCUGUUACUCCUUUCAGGUGAUUUCAGACAAACACAUCGCGUCAUUCCGCGUUCAACGUAUGCUGAUGAGAUCAAUGCUUGCUUGAAAUCAUCUCCACUGUGGCGUAAUGUUGGAAAAGUUCAACUAAAGGCAAAUAUGCGCGUCCAAAUGCUUCCAGAUCCAUCUGCUGAGACAUUCUCAAAACAACUGUUAGUUAUCGGUGAUGGAAAAGUUACUAAGGAUGAGACUGGAUGCAUAAAAUUACCGGACGAUUUCUGCACAAUCAUUGAUUCCCAAGAUGCUCUCAUUAACCUAAUAUUUCGCGAUGUACACACGCAAUACAUUCAUCAUGAGUGGCUGGCAGAAAGGGUGAUCUUAGCAGCAAAAAAUGUGGACGUCAACGAAUUGAAUUUGAAGAUGCAACAGUUAUUGCCAGGUAACUUGGUGACAUUUAAAGCCGUUGAUGCAGUUUGCGAUCCCAUUGAAGUUGCAAAUUUGCCAGAGUUCUUAAACUCAUUGGAUUUACCAGGCAUACCACCGCAUAAUUUAGUACUCAAAAUUGGAUCUCCGGUUAUUUUGCUUC